AUGGCGUCAUUCCACCGGCUGCCAUGUGCGCCUUUGAACCGGGCGCAGUGGUGGCGAGGUUCCCGUCUCUAUGCCUCCGAUGCCACACUUCGCAGCCAUGGCGGCGUGAACGUGGGACACCUGGCUGGCGCCAUAAAGGCGCCCCUUUCGCGGGGUGAGACUUGUGCCGUGGAUGCAGUCGGCCCGGCCGCGCUGCUCAAGGCGUUGAAGGCCAUGAUUUUUGCCAGCGACUACUUGCAGGAGCAGCGUCCAGGCUUCCGUGUAGCUGGUGAGCCCCGCUUGGAGAGCGUCCCUGCCUCAGCGGAGCAGCCCGAGACGACGAAGCUGCGAAUGCAUCUGUCCUUGGUGCCAGAGCCACCAUUCCGCAGCGCUGCAGUGGACCUCACGUUCGGCAAAGGCACCAACCCUGGCAUUGCAGCUGCCACCCUCGCUCAAAAGAUAAAGCUCCAAGGUCCAACGACGGUGUCUGCAAUGGGCGCCCUGCCAGCUUCGAAAGCGCUGAAGUCCGUCAUUAUUGCGCAGAGGUACUUGCACGAGCACCUGGGUGAAGAUGUGCUGUUGGUCGUGCCUGCCAAGCAAGUGCUGAAAGAGGGCCGGGGAGUGGGCGACGAGGAAGUGGUGCGGCUGCUUUUGGCUCUUCUGCCUGGGCAGAGCCAGCGCUGA